AAACAACACUUCAUCACUCAUCAGGUGUAAAGGCAUAGGAUAAAGAAAAACAAAGUGAGAUUUAAUCAUAUAUUGAGAGAAAGAGGAAGUGAUGGCCAACAAGUUGUCCAUACUUAUCCUUUGUCUUGCUUUGGUUGUGGUUCAUACCACAGCAGCAAGAGAAAUGCCAAGUGACAAUGGUCUUUAUGACCAAAAGAAUGUUUUCGGAGGCGCUGGUGGUAUCGGUGGCAUUGGCAGCAAUGGACUACCUUUUGGCGGAGUCGUAAGUGGAGUAGGUGGCAACGUUGGUGGAUUUGGUGCUGGAGUUGGUGGUGGAGCUGGAUUUGGUGGAGGACUUGGUGGUGGUGGACUAGGUGUAGGUGGUGGAGUAGGGGGUCUAGGUGGAGUAGGGGGUCUAGGUGGAGUAGGUGGUGGUUAUGGUGGUGGUGGUGGUGCUGGGAACCUUCCACUUCCAUGAAGAUUAUUCAUCACUUUCAUAUAAUUUUAGUUCAAGUUUGUUUCAUGCAUGUUUGGUUAUGGUCAAGUUUGCUUAGCUAGCUAGUGUGAGAAAAGAGUGAUUUUUCUUUUCAUUUUUGUUGUUGAUGUUUGGUUUCAUGCAUCCAUAGUGUAAUGUUACGUGAUUUUUCCCGUGUUCAAUUGUAAUGUAAGUUGUUUCACUUCUUUCUA